GCAUCCAGUAAACAUCGAUUAGGAAAAUGGCGGCCAUAAAUGUGAAACGGAAUUGUGUUGCGUUAAAAAUCAGAUUGUUUUGAAGACUUUAGGUGUAAGAUAUAAAGAUGCCACCGAUUGAUGGGCAGAUGCAGGUUCCAGGGGUCCCACAAGGAGGAGGUACUAUAGCCCUGGACGUCCUGAUCAACUACAUCAUCCAACGUACCUACCAUGACCUGACAGUUUUGUCAGAGCUGUUACCCAGAAAAACAGACAUGGAGAGGAAAAUUGAGAUUGUUCAAUUUGCAACAAGGACAAGGCAGUUGUUCAUCAGAUUACUGGCUCUUGUGAAGUGGGCUAGCAGUGCUACAAAAGUGGAUAAAUGUUCUGAAAUUUGUAACUUGUUGGAGCAACAGUCCAUGUGGUUUGUGGAUACAGCCGACAUGUUGGCAAAAAUGGCCAGAGAAACCUUGGUCAAUGCCAGACUUCCCAACUUUUCCAUCCCCUGUGCCAUAGAUGUUUUAACACUGGGAACCUAUCCACGGCUACCUACAUGUAUCAGGGAAAAGAUUGUCCCAGAAGAUUCCAUCACACCUGCAGAAAAGCGACUGACGUUGUCCAAGCUUACACAGGUGAUACAGUAUCGCCUGGUAUCCACAGACCUCCCCCAGCAGAUGAGGAAGUUACGAGUUGAGAAUGGACGGGUGAAGUUUGUUGUGGAACAUGAAUUUGAGGUGACCUUGACCUUGAUGGGUGACAGCCCAACCAUUCCCUGGAGGUUGCUGGACAUUAAUAUCUUAGUGGACGACCCAGAAACUGGCAAUGGCAAGUCCUUGGUUCACUCAUUACAGGUGAAUUAUAUUCAUCAGCUGGCUCAGUCCCGUCUCCUUGACAACGAUCGACCAAUUCAUGACCUUUAUAGAGUGCUUCAUUCAUUUUGCCAGUCCUUACAGCUAGAGGUGUUGAACUCACAGACACAAAGAUUGAUCAGGGAGAGGAUGGGAGACAGUAUCCGAGUGGAAGAAUACUUGGUCGGAAAAUCUUUGGUCGUAUCAUACUGGAGAGACCAGUUAAAGCGAGAGAAAACAACUUCAGUAUACAAGCUUACAAUCCAUGUAUCUGAAGAAGACUGGGGUCGUCCGUUACAAAUUAGUCACACUCCACCAAUGUCCCCUGAAGAGAGUCACAGAGUCGGACUCGCAAUCAAGAGUAACCACCUGUCGAUAGAACGACUUCUGAUGCAGACUAUUGAGGUCCGCACACAUGCCAAACUACAGGAUCUUGCAAAAGAAAUGAAAAGAUACAAAGUGGAAAAAUGUGAGAUGAAGGAUUUGCCCACAGCGCUCCAUAUCCCUGUGUUACAGCCGUGUAUGGAAUCUGAACAUCUUCGGAUCAUGAUCGACUCACAGAGAGGCACUAUGAUGGCCUCCACCCCUGCACAGACAGAUUUACAAAUCAUUGAAGAUAUAACAGAAUGUCUGAACAGUGACAAGAAAGGACUGGAUAAACUUAUUGUCAAUCUCAGAUUACAGCUGUGUUUACUCCGCUGUGAAAAGUCCAUACAGUAUUUACAAACAACUUGUCUGCGCCAUCUGCCCCUCAUCAAUCUGGAGAACCAUCCGUUGGACACGCUAGGACCACACAAGCUUUACAUACGUAUCCCUAAACAGUCCAAUCAUUAUGUGGUCCUGUCACUUCGUGAGAAGAAAGACCGAUGUGUGGAGUUUAAGUACUACUUGGUGGAGACCACUGCUUGCACAGCCGACGGUACGGAGCUCGACCUCUCCGAUGACAUUGGAGCCAAAUUGUUUAAGUCUGCAGGACGUUUGCUGCCCCUUGACACCUUCGCUUUCACACACGGUCCCUACAGUAAAGUGUUUGAUGACGAGGAAGAAACUGAGGUAGAACUCCAGCGAAGGAAAAGAAAGGUCCUACUAGGCGAGAUGGAAGAACCGCAUGCUAAACGACAGAAGGGUGCUGCUUACUAUGUACCAGAGUUGUCAUAUAUACUGGCAAGCUGUGAGGAAAGGAUACCCCUGGUAGCUGUCGGACAUGAGUUUGAAAGGAACGGUGUAGUGCAUUCUGGGAUACAGGUGGACUCGGAGGGUAGCUGUUUCUGUCUCUCACUCAUCAGCUUGCCAGAAGUAGAAGGUUGUGAAAAGAGAGCAUGUGAUGGUCUCAAGAAGGCUCUCCUGUCCCUCAAACUCCGCAUCCUCAAUAAGCCAUCCCGGAACUGGAUUGUUGAGUUCUUGUUUGCCAAGGCCCCCUUAGAGACUGCUAACAAGAAGGAAUCAGGUCCAGUCCAGCGUGUGAUUUUCAUGCAUGAGUUAAACCUGGACAAUCUGAAGAAGGUGGUAAAGGAAGUGAUUGACGAGUGGUACUCCAUCUGUCAUCUCCAUAGCCUCGUCGCCGACUUCGCUGAAAUCUACAAUGAUCAGCGGUCUGGACUGCGGAGCACUGUUGAUGUCCACUCCUACAGCUACAGAAAACUGACCCUGGUGUACGGCCCAAACAGGUCAAGUCUGGUACACAUCCAGUGGAAGAGCGACAGUAAACAGUUUAUGGUGACUUUCGGUACGAUUGGUCCCUCCAUCACGAUCAACCCUCACGUGAUCAUGUCAACACAGAUACAGCAGGAACUCAGCUGUCACAGAAAUCUCGCUCAGGUUGCUCAGGUACUACAUGACACGUGGUCUCCGCUCAUGUCCAUCAACAAACUCACCAACAUCAUUAUGCAUGCUCCUAUUGGGAACAACACCAACAGACUGGCACAGUCCUUCUGUAUCAUCCCUCAGUCUACGACACACAUCCGAAUCUCCUACCGCAACAUAAGCUCCAUAGAUGUCCAUUUCCGUAGCAACAAGAUCGUAGCCAUAGAGAGCAGUAAAGUGGUGGAGGGCUUCAACCCGAUAUCACUGUUAAAGGCAUUUUUAAAUAUGUAUGUGGACGAUGCCAUUAUCGGCCGACACAAUCGACGAAUGUCGACGACAGAAGAUGAUAAUCCUUCCUCGCCGGUUGGGAUGGAUACCAUGGACAUGUUCAGUCUGUCGUCAGGGCCAUCUAUGGGAUCUCCUGCGUCAAGACAACGGCAAGAUGGCGGACUACGCUUUCCAAGUCCUAUGACUCCUCCCUCAAACCCCCACACCCCUGCUUCACCCAGCGCUGCUCGCAUGUCUGGGAUCGUCCCUUCACCAUCAACAGCUUUGAUUGGUACUCCUUCCCCUGGAACUCUGCUCGGGGCCGGAUCUCCAGGCAAUCCACAGCUCCAUGUCCCUUCCCCAAGCUCAUUUGUGCCGACGCCCUCCCCUGGGUCCCUUGGGAUCCACAUGCAGUCUCCAGCGUCGCAGUUCAUGGGGUCACAAGGUAUGGAAGGUUCCCCGUUUGCUAGUUCUGGACUUGCCAUGCCAUCGCCAGGACAACGUAACUGGCCUAACUCACCAUCUGUACCGGGCCCCUCACCCGUGUCACGUCACGGGACAGCCACAUCACCCGGGCAUCCGGCCCUCCACUCCCCUCAAACACUGAAGGAUGGGGAACAUAGCAAGCCUGGAGUGAUGGGCCAUCCGUCACGUGUGUUUACACAUCGAUCAUGGGCAGCCUCCAUCCCAACACUUCUAUCCCAUAAUGCAUUUGAUACUCUGCUCACGCCCUCGGGACAGGGCAAGGUCACAUCGCCCUUGGAGAGGUUCUUUGGCUGUGUGCUUUUUACCAGGAAUCUGCCACGUAUUAUACAGAAUGAGGAAAAUCUGAAUUUGGUCCGGUCAUCGGAUGCCAAUGUAGUGAUAUUUAAAGUGGACAACCUACAGUUCCGUGUCAGCUUUAAUGCAACAACUCUGCAAAGUCUACAUAUGAAUGCUUCAAACUUGCCAGACUCUCGAGACCCCUUCCCCACAGAACUGAUCAACAUCCUUGAGCGAUUCUUCGAGGUUAAGGUUGCUACUCAUCCUUACAAGGUGAAUGCCCUUCGAGCAUUCUGCAGACUGUUGCCCCUACCAAGCAGGAUUCUUAAGGACUGUAUUCAGAUCAUGAGGCUGGAGAUGAUGAAUGAAACACGUAACACGAAGUGGACAGUAGCUUUCUGUCUGACCAUUCCGCCCUCAGCUGCGUCCAUCGCCCCGGCUGGAGCGGCAGCCAUUGCAGUAAAACAGAAGAUGGUCCUAAUGCUGCAGCUGACCAGAGCGGAUGUCCAGCCACCCAUGGGGGUGGAACCUCAGUCCAUUAUUGUCCAGCUUUUGUACGACUUCAAUGCUAAUACAGUGAUACAGAUGGAAGUGCCCUCACGGAAUCAGCCCACACAGCAACCUACACCGGCACAUAUUGCCGUUUCUGCUUUCCUGAAGAAGAUCGAAAUGCACCAGAACACCAAUGAAUGUGCCCUUUUCCCAACAGUACAUAAACUCAUGCAAGGACUAGUAUUACCGGGGCAAAAUUAAGGGGGUAGUGAUACUGGGGUAAAGUUGUCAUGGAUAAGUGAUUCAGGGGUAAAGUUGUCAGGGGCUUAGCCAUACUUUGGUUAAGUUGUCAUGGGGUUAGUAAUACUGGAGAAAACUUGUCAGUGGGGUUGAGGGUUAAGUUGUUGGGAAUUGGUGAUCACUACUUGCAUAAGGUAUUGUGACACUGAGUUGGGAUUUUCAGGGUUCUAGUGUACUAGGGUAGAGUUGACAGGGACUACUCCGGUGGUACUGUGGUACAGUGGUUAUGUUGUUGGAGAUUACUGUUACGGGGCAGUUUUGGAAACCAUUGAUUUCUUACAGACGCCUAGUAUUUACUGUAUAUAGGCAAUGAAACAUUGUCUACAAACCAGAGUCAGGAGUUUAUACAUUUCUUAUUUGAAUAAUUAUGUUCUACCGAUUUGUACCCGAUAAUCAUGUGACUUACUGAGUACAAUCUCCCGUGGUGACAUUUGACCUUGGCUGCAUCAGAUACCAGAGACUGGAUAGAAAUCUUUUGAUACAUUUUGUAACUUUUUUUAAAUGUAGUGUAAAAUUACUGAAAACCAGCAGGAACAUAUCUUUAACUUUCUGAAGAAUUGAUGUGAAUCUCUGGCCAAUACAAGUGGUAAUGAUAAUUAUGUGUGUAAAUUAUUGAAAAGUCACUUUGCUUUAAUUGUGUCGAUAAAUUCUCAAUUGUGUCGAUAAAAUCUCAAUCCUAUACCCGUUUCCAACCACGUGUUUUAACGUGAUCUUGUAUGGUGUUUUAUGUUCAGAUACAAAAAAAGCAAGAAAAACAAAUUAUGAAGAUUUUUUUUUUGUUAAGCGUGAUCAACUCAACCAGCAUUACUGAAAAUCAAGUUUGUUUUCUCUUUGCUUGGCCUUGUCGCUUUUACAGAUCGUGUGUACACUGUAUUUCCCUUCACAAUAAAUUUGUGUCUUCAUUAUGAUGUGUAAUUGAUGCUGCAAUGCUAUUGUUUUUGUUAAAUUUGAAAUGAAACCAAAGCACCCGAGUGUAAAUUCCUUAACUUACAGGGAUUUAAUUAAAAGUGAUAUCUAUAAGGUAAUAUAUCAAGCGAUACUCUUGAUAACAGGCGGUCGUCAGAGCAGGUUUGACUGUAUUUAAUUUUUAAUAUUUUUCAAAAAUACUGUAUCAUCUCUAACAAUUUUAUGGAGAAUUUGAAUUUAAUAUAUUUGUUAUUUCAGCAUAAUAUACAUAUUGCUGUUGUUCUUUUAAGACAAGUAGACAAAUUUUCUUUAUCCGAGUUAGGUAGUUAAUUUUCAAGGCUAAAAUGAAGAUAAACAACUUCCACGAAUUUGAAUUCGCAAAUCAAGAACUUAGAAUAGUAACACUUAAUGAUGUUUCUCCAGGAAAGAUAUAUUGAGAGCUCAAUUCUGUAAAAUUUUCAGACUCGGGAUGGAAGCUCUUAAAUGAAAGAUGUCAAAAAAUACAAUUGAUGUACAUUGUAUGAUCUUGUAUACAGUGUGUACAACUUAAGUUGAUAUAUGGUUCAUGAAGUGUCGGAUUUGGUGCAUCACAUUUGUAUUUGUAAAUAAUUUUGUUGAUGUAUUGUGAAUAUACCAUUAUACUAUAUAAAUAUUACAUUACAAUUUGUAAUCUUAAUUGUUGUCAAAUGUUGAUAAGACAAUACUGAGUCUCAUUUUUAUGUCAUUUGUGGCAAUAUUUCAGUAUUAAAACUUUCUACAUUUGAGGAAAAAUAAAUAUGUGAAUCAUGGCA